AUGGAGGAGCGCGAACCCAGCGCCCUGAAGCGGCUCGGCUUGGCGCAGAGCGGGAGGCCCAAGCUCGGGGCGCGGCAGGAGCGCAGUGCGGAGCGUGGGAGCGUGGCCAGGGUCCGGGGCUCCUUCGCGGCAUCCCGGGGCGCUCGCCCCCGCUCCGAGGGACCUCCGGUGAAAAAGCACUGCAGUGUCCAGAAGGAAGGUAUCCUGGAGAUGACAGCGGUGGAGGUGGGCAUCGUGGCCAUCAAGGGGCUCUUCUCCGGGCGGUACCUGGCCAUGAACAAGAGGGGGCGGCUCUAUGCUUCGGAGAGCUACAACGCCGAGUGUGAGUUCGUGGAGCGGAUCCACGAGCUGGGCUACAACACGUACGCCUCGCGGCUGUACCGCACAGUGCCCAGCGGCCCGGGGGCCCAGCGGCAGCCCAGCGCCGAGAGACUGUGGUAUGUGUCCGUGAACGGGAAGGGCCGGCCCCGCAGGGGCUUCAAGACGCGCCGCACCCAGAAGUCCUCCUUGUUCCUGCCCCGCGUGCUGGACCACAAGGACCACGAGAUGGUGCGGCUGCUCCAGAGCGAGGCCGGGCUCCGCAGUGGCCUGCCCGGGCCCCCCGGCAAGGGCACCCGGCCCCGGCGGCAGAGGAAGCAGAGCCGGGGAGGCCGUGUGUAGAUCGCCAGGCCCGGCGC